AUGGCAAAGAAGACCCAGAAGGCUCAGAAGGGCUCAGGGAGCCGAGUGCAAACCCACCUUCACGCAAGAAUUGCAUAUUUAUACAAAGCCACAAACUAUUUACAGUCCGCUACCUCCACCAAGCGUAACGAAGACGACAGUCAGAGCCAAAGAACAAAUGAUACCAGCUCCAUAUCUAAACAAAACGCUUCAAAGGAGUCUCAACCCAGACCCAGCGACAAAAAGAAACUGUUUUCAUCUAUUGCUCGUCAAUAUGGGGCCCAGCUGCGUUCUGUGUCCUUGAAAUCGCAACUCCGGCUUAACUGUGACAUCAAGAGAUCCAUAUGCAAGAGAUGUGAUUCAUUGCUGAGGCUGGGGCUGACGUGUUCGGAGACAAUAGAGAAUAAAAGCCGAGGGAAGAAGAAACCAUGGGCUGACACACAGGUCAUUAUAUGCGGAUUUUGUGGGACUCGGAAACGGUUUCCCCAGGGCAGCAAGAAGAAUAUCAAACUCGUUGAUCGACAGAAAGUUUAG